AUGUAAUUAGGCAGAGUUUGCUCAUUGCAUAUUCUCUAUUUUCUAACUCCCCAAGAUUAAUGUUAAUUACGAUAAGUAUCCUCAUUCUGGGAUCAAUUAUUAAAAUAUGCGUAUAAAUUGAUCUUGAAGACUUGGCUGGAUUAUGCUAAAUCCAUUGACCACUAAAUCUCAUAUUUGGAAUAACAGAAGACCCACUCCUCAGAACAGAAUUCCACUCUCAAGUAAUCAUUUUAUGAGUUUAAUAAACUCAACGAAAAAGAUCUUUAAGUUAUACGCAAACAGAUACUCAAUGAAGAUUUGGAGAAAAAUUGUCUCCACACUUUAAUAGCCUUGUGUGGUUACUUGAAUAACGGCUAUUUGGAAGACAAAUUUAAUGAUGAACAACUAAUUUGCUUACAAUACUUAAAACAUCCCAAUGUUUUAAAGUGGGCCCUGAAAUUAGAAGAGGAUUUUGAGAAAAUUACAGAAGAACAAAUCAAAAUUCUUAUAAAAUGCGAUGAAAUCUAGGAGAGUGUAGUUUAGGAAGAAUCCUUUGCAAUUCAUAGAUGCUUGCAUUAUUUAUAAAAUCUCAGAGAGUUACUUACUUCGCCUUACUAUGUUUAUCAUCGAUAACUUUAACGCUUGUAUCUUAUCAAGCAAAAUACUGAACUCCAUACUAUGACCUUCCAACUCUGGAUGAGUAAGAUUACCUGA